AUGGUGGAGAUAAACCUUGAAAGGACGGCUUGUAAGCCGAAAAGAAAAGAGGUAGAGAACGGCGCCUGGGGGCACAAAGAAGAAGCGGCCGAUUGUGUUGUCGCGAGGCUUAACCGUGGGAUAAUACCGUUGGUGCGACACGUGUCGUCGACACACGAGUCGGCCCUCCGUUUCACGCCCCUUCUCAGGACAAAAAUCGUCCUUUUUCUCCGUGUUUUGUUCUGGGCUUCGGUGUGGUAGCUCUAUCAUACCAACUUCCCUUUCAAAAAUCCGAUUCCUCUUUCUUUCCUGAAGAUGCGUUUUUUUCGCUCGAAACUAAAAUAUUUUAGACCCCUAUUCACCUUUUUAAUUCAAAAAAAACUCGAAAAUCCCUCUCAAAGGUAACGUAAAUAUUUUAUGUCGCUUAUUGAGUUUAUAACCAAAGAUUAUUGUUUCUGCGAACAUAGAAACAAUUUUUUCGAAGAUUAAAAAUUUUCUUAUUCUCGAAAAUAAUGGUUUUCAGUUCUUGUCAAGUUGAAAGUCCUUUUCGCAAUAUAAAUCCUGAAAAAAAAACUCUGAGGAUUUUGCGAGUAUUCAUGCUAUUUCAGGUCUGAAACAGUGUAGAAUGAGAUGAAAAAAGAAACUUGAAGUAAGAAGAAAAUGAUUGUGAACAGGAAAAACUAUUUUUUAACGUGGAUAUGCAGCCUUUCUCACAGAAUAUUUGUUUUCAGAACAGAAAUCCGAAAAAACGCUGUUUUUUUUUUUCGUUACUACGGAGUCUGAGCUUUUCGGCGUCACUUUGACCAACAGACCUCUUAAAAAAAAAUAGAAAGCUGCUCUGAUGGCGGGAAGAAUCCUGCGGAUAGGCGUGAUAAGCGUCCUCUUGUCAACGGCUGCCGCUUUUUCCAAAGACGUCCAGCCGGGCUAUGGAUACGUUGGACCUGCCUGCGCUGUCGUAGUGAGUUCUUCUCCUAGAUUUAAAAUUCAUGUUAUUCAACCUCGUGCAUCCAAAAAGGAUGCAAAUUGAUAAUUAUAUAUUUAGUCUGUCGUUUUCCUGACAUUAUAAUCUUGAUCAUGGCGAUUCAACAUCAAGUUUUUCAAAGUAUUUUUCUGAAGAUCCGUAAAACCGCCAUCUUCAAAACUUUUUCGUUGCCAAAAAACUGUCGAGGAAACUUCGUCUUUGAAGUAUCCGUUCUCAAAAAUUGAUAACUGGUGCAAGAUCCAACAAUGAAAAACUUAGUACUGCGGAUAGUAUUUUGGCUAGCUUUUUUGAUAACUUAGACGCUGCAAGUAAAUUAACCUUCCGUGCAAAGAACCUUGGGCCAAUCGUAUUCAGAACUAAGUCAGCUGCAGAAAAUCAGAAAACGAUAUAUAUAUAGGAAAGAAUAUCAAAAGCUCGUAGUUAUGGCUUGCAGGACGGAACUCUUUUUCUUCACGGCGUGGGGACGCGCUCUUUGGAUGACUACGAGCUCGAACUGUUCCGUGUUUACCAACAAGACUUGAGCGCCUUCAAAGAGUCAGUUUUCGCACGCGUUCUUCACGAAAGUCCCCUUUGUUCUAAAAACAAAAAACUUGCAAGGAAAGUGUCUGAUGUGGACAUCGCAGAUCCGGUCCAAACUUCUGUGGUCGGUAGUCAUAGGUAAGACUACCCGGAAACAAAAGUAAUCAUCUGCUAACGGACACAGGGUACAUAGGAAAAUCUGGACAAAACACGCAGGAGACUCCUCUUCGGGGUUUUUUGAGAAUUGAAAGUUUUUUUUCCUUCUUCUGCAUACAUUAUGAUAGUGCAGAGCAAUUGAUUUGUUCUUAAUCGUAUUCCAAAAGUCCGCCUUUAGAGUCUAGAGACUCCCUCCAGAUACAAUUCUAAAGGUUGGCGUAUUGGACCUUCCUGUUUGGGAUGUCAGCUGCUUGACAAAGGGAAAUACAGGCAGGCAGGAGUCGAGGAAAGACAGAGGGGACACGCGGAACCAGCAACCCACCAACUGAGGAGCCUUCGCCCACGCGGGGGCGUGGUCGAAGGUUCUCCUAUUGCUGGGCUAGUACAAUCGUUUUCUGGAAAUUUUGAACGUUAUUUUUUCCCAGUACCCUGAGGCGUUUAGCUGAUAAUUUCUUCUGUUUGAUUACUCUACAUCAGUACUACCUGUCAACGGUCACCUCAGAGACUUUCUUUGUUAAUUCAUUUUUGGAGAGUUUUCAAGCCACUACAAAAGCGUAUCAAGACGAGUUUCAGUGCGGUGAGUACAGGCAUCGACUUUCCGGACGCCCCAUUGGUGCCCUCAUUUUGCGGUGGACAUGACGAUUCUGUAGAAGUGGUUCUUUCCUCAUGCAUCGUCAGGGUAACGCUUUUAAUCUUUAAUAAAAAACGGAAAACUUUUUCAGAACAACCACGUCUACGUCGGAGAUCGCUUGAUCCGCUCACUUACCAACCAAGAAAAGCAGAGGGUCGAGACAGUGAAGAGCAGAAAAGCCGUAGUUGACCGAAGAAUGCGUCGCGUGAAAAGGGAUCCAGAAGUAGCCACUGGGUAUGUUUUCAGAAUCAGCUUCCAAUUCAAUGUUGAUAAGAAGCUAAACUGAAUCAUGGCUCUAAAAACCUUCAUGUCGUCAUUCGAUAGGAGCUAGUUCAGAUGACUCCUCGUGUCAUUUUUGCAUCGAACAUUAUGACGAAGCAACGCGGAACAAAAGAUUAUCCGCAGAGCAAAGAUUGCAACAAUAACAAGAGGCCAAGUUUCUCAUUGAAGUUUUAGCGCCUUGCUAAGAUAAAUAACAAGAGCGAACAAAGACUACCUCAAACAAGUUUGCUCCUGCCCAAGUUGUGAGAUUUUUAAGGCCUGGGACGACGCCUCAGUUUGACUUUUCUGCUCUAUUGCAACGUCUUCUGAAUGUCAACUCGACCGUUUCAUCGAGAUUCCUACCAGUCGUCAGUAAAAGUCCGCUCUUCGCUAUGGAUGGCCCUUGGCAAAACUUGCUCGGCCUAGGAGAAGGUAAGACCGGCGAGCUUAUCCGAGGAGUCCGAGAGCAUUGCAGAAGGACCAACGCCUUCGGAAGAAGAUCUUUCGAAAGUCGAUUCCGCAUAUCGUGCCGUUUUCACAACCCCCGUCAGGCCAAGUGCUCCCACUUCGACGAUUCCGACUACGACUACGACGACGACGACGACGACAGCCACGACUCCAAAGACCACCUUCUUCACAAAGCCUACAUUGCCCACCAAGAGUUAGCCUUCCAUCUGAAAAUAAACCAAAUGUUGCGAAAAUUCUCAGCAACAGCAAGAGUGAGGCACAUUUCAUUGAAACCCAUCUACACGACAGCCUCGCCGAUUUCUGGGACCGAAAGUCGGGGCAAAGAGCUCCGACGACGACCCUUGAGUACACCAGCUUCUCGUUGGAUGCAUUUGCUGCCAACCACGACUCCGGCCACAUACUAUUUUGGCACGACCACUGUCAGGAAACCAGGUUUGUCAGAGAAAAACUUCGUUUUGUCAGAUUUCGGGAAGAUUAUACGCCGCUAAAGUUGCCUAUCACUCAAGAUCAAAUUUCAACUGAAGGUUUCAAAAAUUCACUCAAAUUUUUUUUGCUGGGAUUUCAUGUAUCUGUAAAUGUUUUUUUGGGUGGUUUUGGUCAGCUCUAUUUUCUUUGCGAUCAUUCGUAAAACGAGAUAGGAAGACAGGAUUUCAAUAAUGAACUACUUUAGAAAUCUCAAAAAGCUACUAUUGCGGCUUUUUCAUCCAUUCUGUUUUCCGAUCCAUACUGUUUGAUGUAUGCCAUUUUGGUUUUCAUUUGAAAAAAAAGGGAAUAAAUCUUUUAAGAAAAGCUGCAGCAGUCUGAUUCGGAGACUGUGGUUGAUCCGCUGAUUAUCAGCCUGAUAUCACGCGCGUUGGCGAGUAACCAGGUGCUUUCGAAUUUGGACCUGCCCUCGAGGCCCGCCACAGCCAGCAUUCCUUUCCACGGCUUCGUCCCCACCGCGGUCUGUUCGAAAGAUAAAGGUCUUCGACCUCUGCAGUUGCAGGCGACGUCUUCUCCGUUGCACCUUCGGUUCGUGGCGCCAGCGCCUGGACCGCCCUCCGGAGCAUCGACGCUCCAGGCUGUUCCAGGCCCUUCCCACAACAACGUCUUCCUGCCGCAUCUUUCAUUCACUUCCUUCGCCAAAGGUGAUCAGCGACUGGCGCCUCCGAGCUCUCUGGCAUCUACAAUUUUGCCUGACGACAUCUGCAGAGUCCACUUGGCCAUCCCAUUCUUUUGA